CGCCAACGCCCUCAUGCUCGCCCUCGCAGCCGCUACCGGCGCGCGCGCUGUGGAAUUUCCCAACCCCAGUGUGAACUGCCGUUCGGACUGGCCCGUCGCCCUCGAAGAGGGUCGCCGCGCAGUCAGUCAGCUGGGGUCGACCUGUGACAGCGGCACGCCUGUCCUGCAGAACUCCAAGAUGUACAGCUCGUACGGCGGCGCCAUGGCUUUCGUAUGCAACUGGGGCGGGGGCUCGCAGGCCUGCACGCACCAGGAAAUGAACGAGGCCGUCCGCCUGAUCAACGAAAAAUGCGGCGAGGACGUCGCUGGCUGGGUGCAGAUUGACGACUGGGCUAAGCAAUACGGCCGCACUACCACCUCGGACAACCCUUGCCCCAACCUGAACGGCUAAGAGGGAAGUUAUUUUGGAU